AUGGCUAGUACACCGCCCGCACAGAUUACCUCCUCUCCAGGGACUCCUGAUACACCUCUUCACGGCGCAGCCUACGACCGCGAAAAUCAUCGCGCUUUGCGACUCGCAACGCGCUCGAGCACGAGGAUUGCAUCACGAAAAUUGGGUUCAACUCCCAGGUCACAGCGAAGAAGCCCUGGAGCGGAACUUCCAGUGACAACUCCAAGACCUUCACAUAAGUCGUCCUCCGAAACUGCCUCUGGUCUUCACUCGCCGCAAUUGACCCCAAAGAACAAGGCGCCGCGCCGAGUGCAGUUCAUUUCACCUUCCUCUCCCGACCAGCAUACUUCUAAGUCUAAGCAGCACGAUCUGUCAAGUACACACCUGCAACCUCUCUCAUCUUCCUCUACCACUUUAUCCGAACCAAUGCUGCCUACACCGGUCAAGACGCCCCAAAAGAAAAUGCCGCCCAAGGUGGGCGGAGCUGCCAGGGCCCUCUUUCAAGACAAUACACGUGAUGUCCCUGCCUCUGCAGACCUCGAGUCGAGUCCCAGAAGAAGUCGAAGAACUAGACGGUACAAUGGAUACUCGCUCGAAAGCUUUAGUGCCGAAGAUGAUAGCGGUCGUGGCCAAAUCCAAAUCUUCACAGAUUCUCGCGACAAGGUUCCACAAGUUGACAAGAGCGCCUCCAAUCCUUUUGUGGCCCACACACUGGAUGCAGGUGCCUCAUCUGCUCGUAAGCUUGCAGGAACCGCCAAGCGACGCAAGAUCUCCGGCCAGAAUAAGCGGGAUGCUCAAGUCGACGACGCCAUCCGCAACGAUGAAGGCAUGGUUUAUGUAUUCCGCGGCAAGAAGGUUUACAGACGUUUCGACGACGGUGAAGAUGUGGAAGAAGAGAUCGAUUCCGACGAUCUUGGGUUUUUGGAUCUCACUUCAAACCAGUCGAGUAUGAAGCCGAUGAAGACGCUCACCCGACGUUCCAUAAGGCCAACGCGCUUGUUUCAAACCGAAGAACAGAAACGCGCACGUGAGGUGGAGAAGGAGGAGGAAGCUCUGACCGAUAUCGAGGGCAAGGACGACUCUGAUGGCGAGCUUGCCAGUGACAGUAGAGACAGUUCUCUCCAGACUGCUCGCUUACUACGCUCCACAAAGAAAACCAACCCUGUCGCCUCGGAUGAAGCUUACCUAUCUGCCGCAGGCGUUCGUCAAACCAAGAGAGUCAAGCCGGCAAGUCCGUUUGAUUCGUGGCGUCGUGUCAAAUCUGGCAUGCGCAUGGCAGGAACCACGACAAAAUCGAGGAAGCGAGCGGCCGACGAAGUCGAGCCUGGAAGUGCAGUCUCGAAGAAGUGGAAGGCUUGA